CCUGGGGUUCAGCCAGGGGAGGAUGUGGCCGGAAGUCCUGCCACUUUAGUGGAAGGGAAGAAAGACACAGAAGGAUGACUAAAAUGCAAGGAGAAGUAGGCCCCAGUGCUUCUCUGAUUGACAGAACCAUCAAGAUGAGGAAAGAAGCAGAAACUAGGAAAGUGGUUUUAGCCUGGGGGCUCCUGAAUGUCUCCAUGGCUGGAAUGAUAUACACUGAAAUGACUGGAAAGUUAAUUAGUACAUAUUAUAAUGUGACAUACUGGCCCCUCUGGUAUAUUGAACUUGCCCUGGCGUCUCUCUUCAGUCUUAAUGCCUUGUUUGAUUUUUGGAGAUACUUCAAGUAUACGGUAGCACCGACAAGUCUGGUGGUUAGCCCCGGGCAGCAAGCGCUGGUGGGGCUGAAAACGGCCGUCGUGCAGACUACACCUCCCCGGGAUCUGGCAGCCACUCAAGUCCCUCCCUCGCCACCUUCCCCUUCAAUCCAGGGUCAGAGUGUACUGAGUUAUAGCCCGUCUCGGUCCCCCAGCCCCAGUCCCAAGUUUGCCGCCAGCUGCAUGACUGGGUACAGCCCUCAACUGCAAGGUCUGUCGUCAGGUGGCAGUGGUUCCUAUAGCCCUGCUGUGACCUACUCUCCUCUCAGUGGUUAUAAUAAGUUGGCAAGCUUUAGUCUGUCCCCUUCUUCUCCAUACCCCACCACUGUGGGCCCAGUGGAGAGCGGUGGGGUGAGGUCCCGCUACCGUUCCUCCCCCACGGUCUAUAACUCACCUACUGACAAAGAAGACUACAUGACAGACCUGCGGACUCUGGACACUUUCCUUAGGAGUGAGGAGGAGAAGCAGCACCGAGUUAAGCUGGGGAGCCCAGACUCCACCUCCCCUUCCAGCAGCCCCACCUUCUGGAAUUACAGUCGUUCCGUGGGGGACUAUGCACAAACCUUAAAGAAGUUUCAGUAUCAGCUGGCCUGUAGGUCUCAGGCCCCAUGUGCUAACAAAGAUGAAGCUGAUCUCAGUUCUAAGCAAGCUGCAGAAGAGGUCUGGGCAAGAGUGACAAUGAAUAGACAGCUUCUUGACCACAUGGAUUCAUGGACAGCCAAGUUUAGAAAUUGGAUCAAUGAGACAAUAUUAGUGCCACUUGUGCAAGAGAUCGAGUCUGUCAGCACUCAGAUGAGACGGAUGGGCUGUCCUGAGCUACAGAUAGGAGAGGCGAGUGUUACCAGCUUGAAGCAAGCUGCCCUGGUCAAAGCUCCUCUCAUCCCAACUCUGAAUGCAAUUGUGCAGUAUUUAGACCUAACACCAAAUCAGGAGUACUUGUUUGAAAGAAUCAAAGAACUUUCUCAGGGAGGCUGUAUGAGUUCGUUCCGGUGGAACAGAGGCGGAGACUUCAAAGGGCGCAAGUGGGAUACAGACCUGCCCACUGAUGCUGCUAUCAUCAUGCAUGUGUUUUGCACCUACCUUGACUCCAGACUACCUCCACACCCUAAGUACCCCGAUGGGAAAACAUUCACUUCUCAACACUUUGUUCAGACACCAAAUAAACCAGAUGUCACCAAUGAAAAUGUGUUUUGUAUUUACCAGAGUGCAGUCAACCCUCCACAUUAUGAGCUAAUCUAUCAGCGCCAUGUUUACAAUCUUCCAAAGGGCAGAAAUAACAUGUUUCAUACAUUGUUGAUGUUCCUGUACAUCAUAAAGACCAAAGAGUCAGGAAUGCUUGGGAGAGUUAAUCUUGGGCUCUCUGGUGUGAAUAUUUUAUGGAUUUUUGGAGAGUAGUUCAUCAUUUAAUCCCAAACAUUUGGAUUUUGACUCUAAUUGGCCUGGAAGAAGUUGAAGCUGAGCAUCUCCGAGGAAGCGCCUCUUCUGAAAUAGGAUGUGUGCUUUGCAGACUUGUUAGAUGUAACAAGAACGAGCUAUUAGGAAGCUUCUUCUGACAUAACAACGCCUGUGUCUUCUACCCCACGAACUUUGAUUCCAUUGGAUGACUCUAAAACUGCAGCCCCAGGAUGUGAACUGGUGCAGUCCCCUUGACUCAGUGAGGCCAGGACGCCUCUCCACUGUAACCCCAGGGAGAACCAGCACUUGACAAACUGUAUUUCCUUGUUGUGUAGGAGUGUCAGUACUCACAGUGAACCUUGCUAGUUUUCUUUGUUGUGUCUCUAGAUUUCCCCAGUGUUCUACAAGUCAGCCUAAAGCUGAAAUGAAUUUCUCAGUGAUGUAGUAAUUAAUCCUGCUGAGCCGUCUCCCCAGCCCCCAUUGGUUUUUUAAUAUUAAAAGAGAUUUGAUAAUAUUGGCAUCUUGAAAGGUCACACUUGCAUUAAAUUUAGCUGAUAAAAUUAAACUUUCGGGUUUUAGUUAAAUGUCUAA